GUUGUCACUGUUCAUCCAUUUGAGACUGAAGAAGAGGCUAUUAAUUUGGCUAAUGAUAGUCCAUAUGGGUUAAGUUGUUCAGUUUGGUCACAAAACGGUAGUCGCAUGCGUCGUGUCGCAGAGGCAAUUCAAGUUGGCACUGUAUGGGUUAAUUGUUGGUUAAUUAGAGAUUUAAGCAUGCCUUUCGGAGGAGCAAAGAAAA